AUCAUACUGUUAUCACUAUUGCGCAUAGGUUGCGAACUGUUGUAGACUAUGAUAGAAUUCUGGUUAUGGAUGCUGGAAAUGUAAUUGAAUUCGAUAUUCCAUAUCUACUGAUGCAAAAGUCUGAUGGAUUGUUUAGAAAAAUGUGUGAAAAAAGUGGUGAAUUUGCGGAAUUAAUGGGAAUUGCUAAGUUGAAAUAUGAAAAUAUGUCGUCGAUACGGAAUACAAAAUCGCACCGGGAAAGAAUUUUGAAUCCCGUGAUAUCCUAG